AUGGAUUGUAGUGUUAUAAGGAAAAAACCAGUACAGCAGAAAACAUGGGUGGUGAAGCAGAAUUUAGAGAAGGAAUCAAAGGUGGCAUCAGCUUGUGUACUGGAUGAGGAUGGUUUUCAACAAGUCCAGAGGGGUGGGAAGAUUCGGGUUCAGCCAUUGCCAGCUACUGUUAUUGAACACAAUUUUCAGGUUUUGAUGGAACAAGGUGGUGAAGUUGAGGAUGUAAUUGAAAAUGGAGUUAGAUCGAAUAAUGGGCAUGAAGGUUUCUUAGUUACUUUUGUUUAUGCCUUCAAUGAUGAAAAUGGACGAGAUAUCUUUUGGAGAGACUUGAAAUUUUUGGCAAGAGGUCAUAAGCAACCAUGGGUGGUAUUAGGUGAUUUCAAUGAUAUUUUGAAUGCAUAUGAAAUGGUAGGCAAUCGAGUGCAGAGAGGUAGUUCUUCAGCAUUUAAAGACUGUAUAGAAGAGUGUCAACUUGAAGAUGUGAAAUAUUCGGGUUGUUUUUUCACAUGGAAUAAUAAGCAAGACAAAGAAGGCAGAAUUUAUUCGAAGAUUGAUCGGGUUAUGGAAAACCAAGAAUGGCUCACUCAACACGAGCUAGCGGAGGUUCUGUUUUUACCUGAAGUAUAUCAGGAUUUGAAAAGAAAGCAAGAGUGCCUGAAUAAGGAUCCAUUGAAUGAGCAAUUGAUAGAACAAGAAACAGCAGCAAGGAGGGAAUACAUUGCAGUUCAUAAGAGCCUUCUCUCUUUUUUGUAUCAAAAAUCAAAAUUGGCUUGGAUUAAAGAAGGUGAUGAAAAUACACAUAUAUUCCACUCAAGUAUUCGAGCAAGAAGAAUAAGGAAUAUAAUUUAUUCUAUUCAAGAUAUGGCUGGUAAUUGGGUGGAAAAUCCUGGAGCAGUAAUAACAGCUUUCCUAAAUUACUAUCAGGAGUUGUUGGGAACUAAGCUGGAAGAUAGAAGAAGGGUUCAAAUCGAUAUUGUAGAAUGUGGAACUGUUUUAUCUGAAGAGAAGGCCAGGUUUUUAUUGUCAGAUUAUACAAAUGAUGAAGUCAAAAGAACCAUAUUUGGCAUACCAAGUAUUAAGGCCCCUGGACCGGAUGGAUAUGCGAGUUGUUUUUUUCAUGAUAAUUGA